AUGUCGUCCGCGCCUCUAACCGCCACGCCUGCCCCUCUCCUUCCCGCCAAGCCCAAGAACCCACCACCGCAGCAGCACCCGGUUCUCUCCCACCUCCCGCACUGCACCAGCCUCCGCGCGCUAGCCCAGCUCCACGGCGCCGCCGUCAAGGCCGGCCUCGCCGCGCACCCGGCCUUGGUCACCAGGCUCCUCACGCUCUGCACCGGACCGGCCGCGGGCCCCGCGCACCUCGCCUACGCCCGCCAGGUGUUCGACAGGGUGCCCCACCCGGCGGACGCUGUCUGGUACAACACCCUGCUCCGCGGCUACGCGCGCUCCUCCUCCUCCGCCUCGGCGGCGGCGCGGGUGUUCAUGCGGAUGCUGGAGGAGGGCGUCGCGCCGGACACGUACACGUUCGUGUCGCUGCUCAAGGCGUGCGCCGCGGCGCGCGCGGGGGAGGAAGGGCGGCAGGCGCACGCCCUUGCGGUCAAGCUCGGCGCCGCGGGCCACGACUACGUCCGCCCCACGCUCAUCAACAUGUACGCCGAGUGCGGGGACGCGCGCGCCGCGCGCGUCAUGUUUGGGCGGACGGACGGGGGCUGCGUCGUCUCGUACAACGCGAUGAUCGCCGCGGCCGUCAGGAGCAGCCGGCCCGGGGAGGCGCUGGUGCUGUUCCGGGAGAUGCAGGCCAAGGGGCUCAAGCCGACGUCCGUGACGGUGAUCAGCGUGCUCUCGGCGUGCGCCUUGCUCGGGGCGCUCGAACUGGGGAGGUGGGUCCAUGAUUAUGUUCGGAAGAUAGGGCUCGGUUCCCUCGUCAAGGUCAGCACUGCGCUGAUUGACAUGUAUGCAAAGUGUGGGAGCUUGGAGGACGCCGUUGCUGUGUUCCAGGGGAUGGAAUCAAGAGAUAGGCAGGCUUGGUCAGUGAUGAUCGUUGCGUACGCUAACCAUGGCUAUGGCAGGGAAGCCAUUUCACUGUUUGAAGAGAUGAAGAAGCAAGGGAUGAAGCCUGACGAUAUUACAUUCCUUGGUGUGCUCUAUGCCUGUAGCCACUCUGGUCUGGUGAGUGAAGGGCUUCGGUAUUUCGAUGAUAUGAAAGAUCAUGGUAUCGUUCCAGGGAUCAAGCACUAUGGUUGUGUGACGGAUUUACUAGCUCGAUCAGGGCAGCUGGAGAGAGCUUAUAAGUUCAUUGAUGAACUGGCAAUAAAUCCCACCCCCAUCUUAUGGAGGACGUUGCUUUCUGCUUGUGGAGGCCAUGGAGAUGUCGAACUUGGCAAGCGUGUCUUUGAGAGGAUUCUUGAGCUGGACGAUUCUCAUGGUGGUGACUAUGUAAUAUUCUCGAAUUUGUGUGCAAACACUGGAUACUGGGAAGAGAUGAAUAGGGUAAGAAAACUGAUGAGCGAAAAAGGUGUGGUAAAGGUGCCUGGCUGCAGCUCAAUCGAGAUAGAUAACACGGUUCAUGAGUUCUUCGCAGGAGAUGGAAGGCACCCCAAAUCACAAGAAGCACGGAAAAUGGUUGAUGAAGUGAUCGAUCAACUAAAACUUGUCGGUUAUGUCCCUGAUACUUCACAUGUGUUUCAUGUCGAAAUGGAUGAGGAGGAGAAGGCAAUAAGCCUAAAAUACCAUAGUGAGAAGCUGGCAAUUGCUUUUGGGCUUCUGAAUACUGCUCCAGGAGCUACACUGCGUGUUGUGAAGAAUCUCCGCGUAUGCCCAGAUUGCCAUUCGAUGGCAAAGCUUGUCUCAAUGGUCUUCAAUAGGCGAAUUAUACUCAGAGAUCUGAACCGCUUCCAUCACUUUGAAAAAGGGAUCUGCUCUUGCGGUGACUAUUGGUAG